CUAUCAGCCUUUCAAGUUUUUUGAAAGCAAAGGAUUGAAAAAUGCUGACUUGUAAAAGUAUUUGUUACAGUCUUUAGAGAGUUGAUCUCUUAACACUUUCAGCAUUAUCUCAGUGGGUCCCUUUGUUUGACAGUGGAGGUUUUUUCCAGCCUUGGGGCAGUGUAACACAGUGGCCUUGGAGUUGAGAGAUACCUCUUUCCUUGUCCAGUGGGAGUAUGGGAGAUUGUAAAAGGGAAAGCCUUAGGAUCUAAACCACUAGGCAUAUUUUUGUAAGAAGUACUCGUAGAAGUUGGGGUCUGGAAUAUCCCUUAAAGUCAUCCGUCUGAUUUAUUCCCAGGAAGAUCUUUGUGUCCCUUUGUGAGGUUCAAAUGCCCUGGUUUACUCCCAGCAAAAAGCAUCAGAGCCUCUGAAUUAGGGUGUUGGGAACUGGGAGGUGGGAAUACAGGAUACUUUGUAAAAGUAGAAUUUAUAGUUCUUAGAAACUGAUUAGAUAAUGGAAGCCAGAAAGUUACUGUUAAAAAGGUAACUGAAGACUUCAUGUUUGAGAACUCAAGGUUAUUGGGGAGAAAGUCAUGAGGAAGAGCUGGUUUUUAUAAGAUUUGUUUGGACAGUUAAAUUUUCAGAACAAAUGUGACAUUGAGGUGGAGAUUCUAUGAAGUACUUGCAAAUAUGGAUCUGGGGGUCAUGGCAGGAGAACUCUGGAGGUAAUCUGCAUUUUGGUGUGGAUGACUACAGCUCAGAGUCUGAUGUGAUUAUUAUACCUUCAGCCCUGGACUUUGUCUCACAAGAUGAAAUGUUGACGCCACUGGGGAGACUGGACAAGUAUGCUGCAAGUGAGAACGUAUUUAACAGACAAAUGGUGGCCCGGAGUUUGCUGGACACGUUGAGGGAAGUCUGUGAUGAUGAAAGAGAUUGCAUUGCUGUUUUGGAAAGAAUUAGCAGAUUAGCUGACGAUUCAGAGCCAACUGUGAGAGCAGAGCUGAUGGAACAGGUGCCUCACAUUGCAUUGUUUUGUCAAGAAAACCGGCCUUCAAUCCCAUAUGCUUUUUCCAAAUACUUACUACCUAUUGUGGUUAGAUAUCUCGCAGAUCAGAAUAAUCAGGUAAGAAAAACAAGUCAGGCAGCUUUGCUGGCUCUGCUGGAGCAGGAGUUAAUUGAGCGAUUUGAUGUGGAGACCAAAGUGUGCCCUGUCCUCAUAGAGCUCACUGCCCCAGAUAGCAACGAUGAUGUGAAAACAGAAGCUGUGGCUAUAAUGUGCAAAAUGGCUCCCAUGGUUGGGAAGGACAUUACAGAGCGUCUUAUCCUCCCUAGGUUUUGUGAGAUGUGCUGUGAUUGCAGAAUGUUUCAUGUUCGAAAGGUCUGUGCUGCCAAUUUUGGAGAUAUUUGCAGCGUGGUUGGCCAGCAAGCUACUGAGGAGAUGUUGCUGCCCAGGUUUUUCCAGCUUUGUUCUGACAAUGUGUGGGGAGUCCGGAAGGCUUGUGCUGAAUGCUUCAUGGCGGUUUCCUGCGCAACAUGUCAAGAGAUCCGGCGGACUAAAUUGUCAGCACUGUUUAUUAAUUUGAUCAGUGAUCCUUCACGUUGGGUUCGCCAAGCAGCUUUUCAGUCUUUGGGACCUUUCAUAUCUACUUUUGCUAAUCCGUCUAGCUCAGGCCAGUAUUUUAAAGAAGAAAGCAAAAGCUCAGAAGAUACAUCAGUAGAAGACAAAAAUAGGAUCAGAGAUCAAGAAGUCCCAGAGGAUGUACAAAUCAGGCCAGAGGAUGUUUCUUCAGAUCCCAGUAUUAGUAAUUCCAGUGUCAAACUGGAAAACAUGGUGGAAGAACAUGCUGAAACAUCUAGGAAAUCUCCAGGUGAAAUAAGUGUUCCAAUGGACAGCUCUUUACUUUGUACUUUGUCCUCAGAAUCUCAUCAGGAAGCAGCUAGUAAUGAGAAUGAUAAAAAGCCCGCUAACUGCAAAUCUACAUUACGGCCAGAGGGUGGCACCAGCUCACCAGAUUCAGCUCUCUUAGAUCAGGAAUUGUACAACUCCUUCCAUUUCUGGAGGACUCCUCUUCCUGAAAUAGAUCUAGAUAUAGAGCUUGAGCAGGGCUCUGGGAAUAUACUCAGCCCAGAGAGACCAGAAGAAACACCUGAAGUCACCAUACCAGGUUCUUCAAAUAUCACUAUGGCCACCAGAAAGGAACUUGAAGAAAUGAUAGAAAAUCUAGAGCCGCAUAUUGAUGAUCCAGACGUUAAAGCGCAAGUGGACGUGCUGUCCGCCGCGCUGCGCGCUUCCAGCCUGGACGCCCGUGAGGAGGCCAGCGACGCCGAGAAGAGGAGUGAUGGGCAGGACGCGCUGGGUGCGAAUGAGCUGCCAAACUGUAAAACAACUCACGACGCCUCCGUGCCUUUAAUCAGCGAUGCCGUUGAGAAUAUGGACUCUGCCCUUCGCUAUAUUCAUAACGACUCGGACUUGAGCACCAACAGCAGUUUUAGCCCUGAUGAGGAGAGGAGAUCUAAAGUACAGGAUGUUGUGCCUCAGGCUCUGUUAGAUCAGUAUUUAUCUAUGACGGACCCCUCUCGUGCCCAGACGGUCGACACGGAGAUUGCUAAGCACUGUGCAUACAGCCUUCCCGGCGUGGCCCUGACGCUCGGCAGGCAGAACUGGCACUGCCUGAGAGAGACCUAUGAGACACUGGCGUCAGACAUGCAGUGGAAGGUUCGUAGGACGUUAGCCUUCUCCAUCCAUGAGCUGGCAGUUAUUCUCGGAGAUCAGCUGACGGCUGCAGAUCUGGUUCCGAUCUUCAAUGGAUUUUUGAAAGACCUCGACGAAGUCAGGAUAGGUGUCCUUAAACAUUUGCAUGAUUUUCUGAAGCUUCUUCAUAUUGACAAAAGAAGAGAAUAUCUUUAUCAACUUCAGGAGUUUUUGGUGACAGAUAAUAGUAGAAAUUGGCGCUUUCGAGCUGAAUUGGCUGAACAGCUGAUUUUGCUUCUAGAAUUAUAUAGUCCCAGAGAUGUUUAUGACUAUUUACGUCCCAUUGCUCUGAAUCUAUGUGCAGAUAAAGUUUCUUCUGUUCGUUGGAUUUCCUACAAGUUGGUCAGUGAGAUGGUGAAGAAGCUGCACGUGGCCACGCCACCCACGUUUGGAGUGGACCUCAUCAAUGAGCUUGUAGAAAACUUUGGUAGAUGUCCCAAGUGGUCUGGUCGGCAAGCCUUUGUCUUUGUCUGCCAGACUGUCAUUGAGGAUGAUUGCCUUCCCAUGGACCAGUUCGCUGUGCAUCUGAUGCCACAUUUGCUAACCUUGGCAAAUGAUAGGGUUCCAAACGUUCGAGUGCUACUUGCAAAGACAUUAAGACAGACCCUACUAGAGAAAGAAUAUUUCUUAACCUCUGCCAGCUGUCAUCAGGAGGCCGUAGAACAAACCAUCAUGGCUCUUCAGAUGGAUCGUGACAGUGACGUCAAGUAUUUUGCAAGCAUCCAUCCCGCCAGCACCAAAAUCUCUGAAGAUGCCAUGAGCACCGCUUCCUCAACCUACUAGAAAGCUUGAACCUCGGUGUCCUCCUGCUUCCUAGGGAGCCACAGGCUGACAGGCGCUCCACACGUGUGUGAUCUGGGACAGCCUCUGGGAGGAGGAGAGACCUCCCUCUCUUGCAGACUUAAUUGCAGGUGCAAGUUGCCUACACUGAUACCAGGGAUUUUAAGAGUCAAGAGAAAGUACAGUAAACACUAUUAUCUUAUCUUGACUUUAAGGGAAAAUAAUUUCUCAGAGGAUUAUAAUUGUCACCGAAGCCUUAAAUCCUUCCGUCUUCCUGACUGAAUGAAACUUGAAUUGGCAGAGCAUUUUCCUUAUGGAAGGGAGGAGAUUCCCAGAGACCUGCAUUGCUUUCUCCUGGUUUUAUUUAAAUAGGUGGAGUGGCAGCCAGAAGGCGGCUGUGAGCCGGGAUGCGAAAGAGACCUUCAGUAUUAGCCCUGUUUCCACGCAGGCAAGGACCUGUCGGUUCUGUGGCCCUCUGCCCAGUCCGCCCUAAGUGUGAAUAGUUUUUGACGUGUGUAAAUGGGAAAGGAGAUUUUUCGGGGGUUUCUCCUAAGGGCUUGAUGCUAACACUAAAGUAGAAUCCGAUUUUAACUCUUAAAUGCAGCAUAUUGCUGUGCACAUUUACAGAACGUUGGCCAAGUAUCUGUGUCCUGAUUUUCUUCAUGCUGGUCAUGACCUGAAGGAGUUUAUUGGCACGUGUGCUGUGUGUCAGGUGUUUUUACCUUGAUCACGACCGGCUGUGAGGUGCGGCUUUCCUUCACGCGCUGCACACGCCUGUAACCACUCUGGGGAGUGCUGCCGUCUUUAAUCAUGCUGUUUAACCUGUUGUGGCACAAGUUCUCUUGUCCAAAUAAAAUUUAUUAAUGAGAUCUAUAGAGAAAGAUGUAUACACUUCCGAUUGUUUUCUAGGUGUCUGCAAAUCCAAUCUGUGACCUGUAGCAAUGAUUUAGUAUAAAGUGGGGAAACUAGAUUAAAAUAUUUGUCUUUUAA